GGAAGCGGCUGCCCGGCCACCGGGAGAGCCGCUGUGCAAACCGCGGUCAACGGGCGAACGGGCUGGAGGGGUCGGGGCUGCACCCCGCGGGGACCCUCCUCCGGACGGCACGCUUUAAUUUACCGUGAUUGGGCCCUGGGGGUGAUUUACAGGAGCCCGGUGUGCUUUGGCCUGCUGAUGGCGCAGUUGCAAUAACAGCUUCCUUGUAAUGGUAGCGGAUCUGGCCCAGCGUCCGGCAUUCCGGCUUAUGGGCUUAAGUAAUCUGAAUUGUGUACCAAAGAAAUGGUGAUGGAGAAGCCAAGUCCCCUGCUGGUCGGCCGGGAGUUCGUCAGGCAGUAUUACACACUGCUGAACAAGGCCCCGGACUUCCUGCACAGAUUCUACGGCAGACACUCCUCCUAUGUUCACGGCGGUUUGGACUCCAGCGGAAAGCCGGCAGAGGCUGUUUAUGGGCAAGCUGAGAUCCACAAGAAGGUGAUGUCCCUGCAGUUCAGCGAGUGCCACACCAAGAUCCGGCACGUGGAUGCCCAUGCCACCCUGAGCGACGGCGUGGUCGUCCAGGUGAUGGGCGAGCUGUCCAAUGGCGGGCAACCCAUGAGGAAGUUCAUGCAGACCUUCCUGCUUGCCCCUGAGGGCUCCGUGGCGAACAAGUUCUACGUGCACAACGACAUUUUCCGCUACGAAGAUGAAGUUUUCGGCGACUCGGAGGCAGAGCUUGAUGAAUCCGAGGAGGAGGUCGAGGACGAGCCGGAAGAGCAGCAGCCAUCCCCCGAGCCUCUCCCGGAAAGUUCUAGAAGCAGCACCUACUACGAGCAGCACCCAGUAGCCAAUGGUGUGGAAGAGUCCCUGGAGGAGGUGCCACCUGAGGCCGUGCCAGAACCCCAGCCGGAGCAGAAGCUGGAGGAGCCCAAGCCCGAGGCAGAAGAGAAGGUUCUGGAAGAUCUGGAGGAGAAGGCCCCGUCUCCGGUGCCUGUGGAGUCCCCGCCUCACGUACAGGAGCCCCCCAAGACCUUCUCCUGGGCCUCAGUGACCAGUAAAAACCUCCCUCCCAGCGGCACGGUCCCUUCCUCCGGAAUUCCCCCGCAUGUCGUCAAGGCCCCAUCGUCCCAGUCUCGGCCGGACACCAAGCCGGAGCUGCAGAGCCAGGCCACCCGGGUCCGUGACCAGCGCCCUCGUGAGAGACAGGGCUUCAUUCCCCGAGGACCCCGGCCCGAUGGUGUGACAUCAUCAGAUUCACAGGCGGGGAAGCCCAGUUUCAGCUUCAUGAACAAAGGACGGGCCGAGUCGGAACCCUCUGAAAUGGACUCCCGCCGGGCCCCGCGUUACCCUGACAGCCACCAGCUCUUCGUUGGCAACCUACCGCAUGACAUAGAUGAGAGCGAGCUGAAGGAUUUCUUCAUGACCUUUGGGAACGUUGUGGAGCUGAGGAUCAACACUAAGGGCGUUGGGGGCAAGCUGCCAAACUUCGGCUUCGUGGUCUUCGAUGAUUCUGAUCCUGUGCAGCGGAUCCUGGCUGCGAAGCCCGUCAUGUUCCGUGGGGAGGUCCGCCUGAACGUGGAGGAGAAGAAGACGAGGGCGGCACGCGAGAGGGAGACCCGCGGCGGGGGUGGGGCCGACAGCCGCCGCAACGAGCGGGGCCCGGGGGGGCCUCGUGGCAUCAUGGCCGGCGGAAUGAUGCGGGAUCGUGACGGAAGGGGUGCCCCUGGCAGGGGUGGCCUUACCCCCAAACCGGGCCUCAGUUCGGGAAGAGGCGCUUCCCAGGGCAGCGAGAGCCGCUUCACCUCACAGCGUCGCUGAGACUGGCGCCCCCCGCAGUCCGGGAGUAGUAUCACACCCAUCUUCACCUUAACAAAGUCCGCAUAUAUGAAAAAUCCUUUUUUUGGCUUUGGAAUGUCUCUCAGCCUGUCAGCCAUUUCUUUGAUGUGCAAGACAAAUGAGAAAACAAAAAAAAAAAAAACCCACCAGCCUCCUUGGUUUCCGGGCCUUGAGCUGAGCCUUUGUAAGCAUUAAGCUGUAUUCCAAGACGCAGCACAGGUCUGUCAGGAGAGGCCCUGCACUGGCAUGCAGCAGCACAGCCCAUCAUCUGAAGAAGAACGUAAACACUCGGGGCGGAGGUGGGGAGUCUGCACGCUUCAUGUAAACCCUGUUGGAGGUGCAGCCCGCAGUGUGUGUGGCCUGGAAUCUGCCUCUCUGCUUUCUGUCUGAUGCUUGGACUUGAAACCAAUAGCCUUCAGGCACUCAGUAUGCACAAGUGGGUUUUGCGUCUGCUGGCUUCCUUGGGUGGAGCCCCCUUAGCUAGCUGGAGGCCAUACCCACUGAUAGCCCCUUAGCUAGCUGGAGGCCACGCCCACUGAUAGCCCCUUAGCUAGCUGGAGGCCACGCCCACUGAUAGCCCCUUAGCUAGCUGGAGGCCACGCCCACUGAUAGCCCCUUAGCCAGCUGGAGGCCACGCCCACUGAUAGCCCCUUAGCCAGCAGGAGGCUGGACACCGUGGCCUCUGCUUCUGCCGACUUCCUGGCUUGCUGUGAAGGUGCUGCCAUUCUGGUCUUUGAGUGGGUGUAGCCUGUGAGGUGCUCGGCACUGAAGCUUUGGAGGCUCGUGCUUUAGGUUUAUAUUUUGGUUUUAACUUCGUAGUUUCCAGGUACUGCCCAGGCACAGCGUGGGGGGCGUGGUGUUCGCUCACUCACCAUGAGUAUAUAGAAACAUGCAGAAUCUCAGCUGGUCGACUUGUCGUUAUUAUGAUGGUGCCUUUCUCCUGCUGCUGGUCUCGUCGCUGGGCCCUGGCUGUACGCAGUACAGCGGCUUCAAAGCAGAGGGGGUUUCUGGGUAUGCUGAAUGCCAUCCCGGGUCACCUGACCUAAGUUCAGGGAAAUUUGCAGUGUGAGGUUUUUUUUUUUCUUAAAAGAAAAAAAAAAAAACACAUUUUACUGGUCUGUUCAACAGAUGUUAGUGGAAUUUAACAAGAGGUGCCUGAAAUUCUGGUACAUGAUUUGGUUCAGAAGUGCAAAAUGAUUUCGGUUACAUUUUUUUAAAACCGCAUCCUACUGACAUGCAACUUUUAUACAAGGAUGAAAAGAAGACGGAGCUGAGGAUCAGGUUCAGCGUUUGGGUUUGUCCCAGCUGGGUGGCCAGUGCUGCUCAGGGACUUUGGUCCAAAGUGGGAAUUUGACACAAGACGUAACCGCACUGUAAAAGUAAAGCCUUUCAUUGCCUGUGACACAGAAGAAAUGGAUUGUAAAGGAGUGAAUUUAGGUAUCAUGGCUCUCAUGGACUCCUGGACUGCGAAUAAUUCCGUUUGUCAGGCUGUAAGACGGUGCUGUUUCCUCCCUGUGAUUCCGGGAGUCUGACGCCAGACCUACUGGCUCGGAUCUGACCCCCUCCUUCGCCCCCACCUCCCUAAAGCACUUUUGGUUUUCAGCUCUUUUCUUACUGAACUUUGAAAUACUGAAAAUGACUUUGCACCCAUAUUACUGCCCUUGUAUCUAACGGAAGCGUCUGGGGAUGCGAUGUUUCUGGAAGUCUGUCCGAGGAUAUCACAGCUGUCGCUGUUGGUGUCUGAGGUGAAGAUGCUCACGUGUUUUAUAGCAGAAAAGAUUCAGCCAUCUUAGUUUUAAUUUGGUUUAAAAAAAAAAAAAAAAAACAAUAAACCUAAAUGUGCAAGUAGGGUAAGAAGACCUUCCUUCCUAUUUGAAUUUUAAAUUUUGUCCUGACAAAUUGCCAAAAAAUGUUCUGCGCCUGGACUGACCAGCUCUCUCGUUCUGGGUUGUAAGACACAUCUGACCACCUUGAGUACAUGCAGUAGAUGUUCUGAAAAAAGCCUGGUGUCCUUACCGAGAAGGGUGUGUCCAUCUGAUCCCAACAGCAGGCACACGGACCCUCUUCCCUGAUUGGCUGAGCUCACGCUGCGACCUACUCGUCAAACACACAGACCUUGAUGAUCUGGCAUGGGUGAUGUCCAGGAUUGUGACAUAGACUAAUGUAAGCUACAGGCUCUCUGGGCGGAACCGGAAGUUAGCGGUCCGGCCUGUUGGCAUCGGAGAAGUUUACAGGCCGUGAUCUGUUAGCCUCUCUUCAUGUUUACAGUAGCAGCCAUUUUCCAUCUAUCCCUUCAGGAAGCGUAAAGCAGAGACUGUUAACAUUCCCCUGUUGAAAAGGCCCUUCUGUAACGGGAAGCUGAUGGUGACUCACUGAGCAGAGGCGCUCUCGUGUGCCUCUGGCCGGGUGCAUGAUUGCUGCCGUUUCCCUUUUAGUAUGUUGCAGGUGGAACGUUUUUAUUUUAGUUUUCCAUGAAUGUGUUGGACUGAUAAUAAACUACUGAAGCCACUC